AUGGUGCCUCUGGGUUUCACAGAAAAGACGACAGAACAGACGCCAAAAGUGCUUGCCAACGCCUAUGACAUUGAACACAGUGAACUCCUUGACACUGCUAUCCUGCUUCCAAGGACUUCACUUCAACGACGCCUGAAGGGGCGUCAUGUUGCUAUGAUCAGGCAAGUCAUCAUCGAUCAUCUUCAGCAUGUACAUACGUCUCACAGUUUUGACAUCAGCAUUGGAGGUGUUAUUGGUACGGGCUUGUUUCUAGGCACUGCGACAGCAUUGAUGGAGGGUGGUCCUGUGGGACUUCUACUCAGGUAUACUUUCAUGGGGACAAUGUGCUACUGCGUUAUGGUGGUCACAUCAAGCUUGCGGAAAGAUUUGUCGAUCCGGCCUUCUCCUUUGCGAUGGGUUGGAAUUGCUGAUACUGUUGGACGUUUGCGAUACCUGUUAUCGGCUGCCGCUACUCUCAUUGAUUAUUGGAACCCUGGGGUUAACAACGCUGUGUGGAUCACCAUGUGUCUGGUCAUUGCUGUUGGAAUCAAUCUUUUCGGUGUUGGACUCUUGGCGUGGUUGUGUAUCGGGGUGACCUACGUCAGGUUCCGCCAGGGAUUAUUGGCGCAAGGGUAUGACAGGAAACUUUUACCAUAUUCCUCGCCACUCCAGCCAUAUGCAUCGUGGUGGGUGAUUGCAUCGUCGUUGGUGACUCUCCUGUUCAGCGGAUGGCAAGUCUUUUUGAAAGCAAAUUGGUCUAAUGCGAUGUUCGUGACAACAUAUUUGCCUAUCAUGCUGUUCCCGGUGCUGUAUGGAUCUGCGAAAUAUCUGAUGCGGGUGCCCCUGAUGAAACCGGGCGAGAUGGACUUCAAGUCCGGGACAGAGGACAUAGAUGCUGAGCACUAA